ACAGCGUUCUGUAAAUUGCUCAUCCAUCGCAUUCAACAUGGCGGCCCCCACAGUUAUUCUGGAUAAUGGCGCUCACCACGUUAAGAUUGGAUUAGCAUCCGAUAAAGAACCAAGACAUAUUCCAAACUGCAUCACCAAGUCAAAAAGUGAAAGGAGAAAGCAGUUUAUAGGCAACCAGAUUGAAGAAUGCAGGGAUCUCUCGGCCCUUUACUACAUGCUACCAUUCCAAAAGGGUUACCUUGUAAAUUGGGACGUUCAGAGACAGGUAUGGGACUACAUGUUUGGCAAAGAACUCCUCGGUCUAGAUUGCCCCGAAACGACGGCCGUCGUCACAGAACCGUACUUCAACUUCUCAUCCAUUCAGGAGGCUAUGAAUGAAAUAUUCUUUGAGGAGUACCAGUUCAAGGCCUUGCUUAGAAUAAAUGCUGGGACUCUGAGUGCGCACAAGAGAAAGUCUGAGAACACUGAACAUCGUUGUUGCCUCAUCGUAGACAGCGGGUACUCCUUCACCCACAUUGCACCGUACUAUAACAGCCAGAAAGUUGCUGAAGCAAUCUACAGAAUCAAUGUUGGAGGCAAGCUAUUAACGAAUCACUUGAAAGAGAUCAUCUCGUACCGUCAGCUUCAUGUCAUGGACGAGACGUACGUGAUGAACCAAGUUAAGGAAGAUGUAUGCUACGUGUCGUCGCAAUUCUACCAGGACAUGGAAGUUGCAAAAUUGAAAGGAGCAGAAAAUACGGUUUGCCGGGAUUAUGUCCUUCCUGAUUUUCACUCCGUCAAAAGGGGCUUUGUCAAAGAAGAAGCGUUUGGAAAGCAGAACCCCAAUGAGCAGACUGUACGCAUGAACAAUGAGCGUUUCGCUGUUCCUGAAAUACUCUUCCAUCCAUCAGACAUCAGUAUACAAGAAAAGGGAAUCAGCGAAUCAAUUGUCCAUUCCAUCAAUGCUACACCAAAAGAAAUGCAUCCUCAUCUUUACCGGAACAUCGUCUUGACCGGAGGAAACUGCUCCUUUCCAGGAUUCAAGGAGAGGGUUGAGAAGGAUGUGAGAUCUCUCGCACCUGUUGAGUAUGGUGUCCAGGUCACGCUCCCACAAAACCCUGUGACGUAUGCUUGGGAAGGUGGCAAGACGAUGACCGAGUCCAAAGAAUUCUCCAAACUGACCGUCACCAGGAAACAGUACGAUGAAGAAGGACAAAACAUAUGCUUUGACAAAUUUGAUGUAUGAUGCCAGUUUGCUACAGUAGUUGCAAAAGGACUCAGAUGCCAACAUACUGUUUCUUUGUGUUGGUGAUAAAACGCCAUAUUAAAAGGAAAACAUGUUCGCGCACCCCAACGGUGCAGAAACGCCCUUACACCAAGCCCUUAUGCAUACUCCUAAGGGCAUUUUUGCGCACAUGUGAUGCGCGAAAGUGUGGUGUUUAGGGCGUUUCUGCAUCGACAUGACAAUUUAUUUCCACUGUGUCCAUUCACUGAUAUAGUGUAAUAAUAAUAAUAAUAGUUGGAUUUAUAAAGCGCUUUUUGCCAGAGGAUACAAAGCGCUGCUAUUAUUACCCCGGCUUUAGCUCGAGCUACCAUCACCGGCGCUCAGUGCAUGCAAGGAAUUACUCCUGCCGGGUACCCAUUCACCUCACCUGGGUCGAGUGCAGCACAGUGUGGAUAAAUAUCUUGCUGAAGGAAAAUACGCCAUGGCUACGAUUCGAACACACGACCCUCUGUUUCAAAGGCGAGAGUCAGAACCACUAGACCACGACGCACCCACGUGUAAGAGCAAAAAGUUUACUACUGAUUGAUCCGAUCAACCACAGCUUUGGACGGUCAGCACGUCAGCAACUAAAAUUCAAAUUUGUUCAAAAUAUAUUCUAGAUAUGAUGUGCAUUCAUACAUUUAUCAUUCUCUUGAAGAUUCAGUGUGAUUCUGUUUGCUAACUAAGGAGAUUGAGAUAAUUUCCUGUUGAAAAAAUUACGAUAUGGAUUAUGGAUUAUGAUAGUUGAGAUUGAUUGGAUCAAUCGUAACUCUUUGUAAGAUGCCAGUCAUUCACAAAGUGGCUUGUAACUUAUUGUACGAACAGCUUUAUGAAACACCCCCCCCCCCCCCCCCCCCCCCGGGUUUCUCUAUGUACAGGUAUCAGGAUCAUGUAGGAUGUGGAUGGAGGAAUUCUUAAAAAGUUUUCACCAGAUCAAAAAGCCAAUUGUAUAAACUUUGCAAUCAAACACAACUCAAUGUUUUGUGGGGGGGGGGGGGUUCUUUAAAAAAAUACUUAACAGCUGUCUUAUGGUUCCUUGAAUAAUCAAAUUAUGUAUGAUUGCAAAGUUAAUCAUUUAGGCAUUUCUGUAUUUAUAUACAUUCAGAUUUCUCAUUCUUUGAACAAGCAUAUGUGUACUUCCACUUUUAAAGGAGUUCACUCACAAAUACCAGGAUCUUGCAUGAGAUAACAACAAUUUAAGCAGAUCCUUUUGUAUGAUACCGGUAUUAAUUGUGAUUUGCCCUCUUUCAUCACUUUUCUUCUUUCCACAUGCCUUUCUAUAUUGUGAUAUUUGUCCACAACAAUUCUCUAAUUUCUAUCCUUUUUUCCCCGCAAAAGCGGGGCACCCAGCAAAAAGCCGGGAAAAAACAUUGCUCUGUAUAACAUUGCUCUGUUUGGAGAUGUGCAUAGAGUACCGAAGUGAUGACAUCACAAUAAACUUUUUUUUUGUAUUUCCGUGUUUUUGAUAUUAUAUUUUGAUAGAGCAUGAACAACCCCCCCCCCCCCCACACCCAAAUUUGGACGUAAUCUGUUAAUGUGGGCCUUAGAAAUGACCUCAUGAAUACAUAAUUAGUCCCAUUAAAGUCAAUGUAUUAAUGGCUUGGUUCCUGACAACAAUUAUGUAUUCAUGAGGUCAUAUCAUGGGGACCCAUGGACCGAUUCCCACCAAAUUUGGGUUGUGGGGGUUUGCAUCAUGGUCUAUCAAAAACGCUGACAUGCAUAAAUGGAAAAUUGAUGACGUCACACUUCGGUACUCUGUAUAGCUGUAUUCUAUGUAAAUACAAUUUGUAAUAAAUACAAAAACUGACAAAUA